UUUGUGGCCGAAAUCUCAGCGCAGGUAGGUAGACUGCACGGCCAGCCGAACAGCCGAAGCCAUCCAUGGCCCCCAUGUCGGCGUCCGCCACCGUCGCGCCGCUUGCCCCGCCGCCGCCGCCAAAGGCGACAGCCAGGAACCCAGCACGGCGCGCGCCGGCUAACGCCGCGUCCGCGGCAGCCUCUGCGGCCGCCGCCGGCUCGGCCGCGUUGCUGACACUGACGCCGGCCGCGCCCGCCGCGGCGUUGUCCAAGGAGGACGUCACCGGGUCGCUCACCAAGGUGGUGGACACGGUGGACCAGGCCAUCGGCGUCGGUGGCAAGGUAGUUGAGCAGGUCUCGGGCGUGCUCAAGACGCUGGGCGAGGCCGCAAAGCCGGCGCUCCCAGUGCUGAAGAGCGCCACCGACGAGGCCGUCAAGCUCGCCGCGCCGGUUGUCUCUGGCGCCUCAAAGCAAGCCACGGAAGCGCUCCAGGGCGCCGGCGUCGACCCGGCUCCCGUCCUGACCGCCGCUAAGACCGCGGCGGAGCAGAGCACGAAGGUCAUCGACGCAGCCAAGCCCGUCGCCUCGGCGACCGUGGAGACCAUCACGUCGCUGGCCCCCGAGGACUACGUCGUGGCCGCCGGAGCGUCGUUCCUCGCGUACCUCCUCGUGCCGCCGGUCUGGUCGCUGGUCACCUUCAGCCUCCGCGGUUACAAAGGUGACCUGACCCCCGCGCAAGCUCUCGACAAGGUCACCACGCAAGGGUACGUCCUGAUCGACGUGCGGACCGACAAGGACAAGGCCAAAGCCGGCGUGCCGGAGAUGCCCUCGAACGCGAAGAACAAGCUCAUCUCUAUGCCGCUGGAGGAGCUUCCGAGCAAGCUGAAGGGCAUGGUGCGCAACGCGAAGAAAGCCGAGGCGGAGAUCACGGCUCUCAAGAUCUCCUACCUCAAGAGGAUCGGCAAAGGCUCCAACGUCAUCAUCAUGGACUCGUACAACGACGUCUCUAAGACGGUGGCGAAGACGCUGAACGGCGUCGGGUUCAAGAACUGCUGGGUCAUGGCCGGCGGCUUCUCCGGCCGGAAAGGGUGGGCGCAGAGCCGCCUCGGGACGGACUCAUACAACCUCUCCACGGUCGAAGUCGUGACACCGUCGCGGGUGAUCCCUGCUGGCCGGAUUGGGACGACCGCUGGCCGCUUUGGGACCACCUCGACGGCGUCCCGGGCAACUUCUGGCAAGCUUCUUCCCGGCAGCGUAGACUGAUGAGAGGAGCUGAAACAGCUUCAAAGUGUAAAUCCAAUGUUCGUUUCAUUUUGAGGCGCAAGUGUUGGUUCGCGUGCAUUGUUUGACUUGUGAUCUGGUUCAAAGAUCAAGGGAGCACUUACAUGAAUUCUUAUAAGAAAACACACACACAAAUGGACAAAUGAUAAAGAGAUUUGCAGAGCAAA